AAAAAAGAAAAUAUGAAUAAAAAAGCCCACAUUUUGUUUAACAAAACAAAAAAUCCUCUAUUUUGUAUGAUUUUCAGAUUUUUGGAAAAUUUUAUCUCCCGGGCCCCGCCGGCGGCUGCGUCAACGGCAGCACAGUGUUGCAACGAAGAUUCUAUCGUCUGAUUUGGACGACUCUCUUUGCGAACUUCAGAUUCAAGACGACGCCUAAUGCGCACUUGAGUGCAGUGAAUUCUUGUUCCUGAUAAAAAUGGCGACCGGAGCUUCCAGAAGAGUAUCGGCAGCGGCAGCCAGGUCUCACACUAGAAGACAUCAGCAGAAGAGUUUUGCUUUUUUCUCUCCAGGAUUCUUGAGGAGCAUGUUACAAGCAGCCAUACUGUUCUUCAUCUUAUGGGCUUAUCAGGCAACUAGGCCUCCUCCCCCCAAGAUUUGUGGAUCACCAGAUGGACCUCCGGUUACUUCGUCACGAAUACAGCUCAAGGAUGGACGACACUUGGCUUACAAAGAGCAGGGCGUUCCCAAAGAUAAAGCAAAGUAUAAGAUUGUGUUUGUCCAUGGGUUCGAUUCAUGCAGGCACAGUGUUGUCAUAGACACCACCCUUGCUCCUGGUGUUGCUGAGGAUUUGGGGGUGUACAUUGUUUCCUUUGAUAGACCUGGUUAUGGAGAAAGUGAUCCUAACCCAAAACGCACAGCAAAGAGCAUAGCGUUUGAUAUAGAGGAGCUUGCUGAUCGGUUGGGACUUGGUUCAAAAUUCUAUGUUGUUGGAUUCUCCAUGGGCGGGCAGGUUGUCUGGGGCUGUCUCAAGUACAUCCCUCAUAGACUUGCUGGAGCAUCUCUUGUAACGCCAGUAGUCAACUACUGGUGGCAUAACUUUCCUGGUAACUUGUCAAGAGAAGCAUACUACAACCAACUUCCCCAAGAUCAAUGGACCCUUCGUGUUGCUCAUUAUGCUCCAUGGCUUACAUAUUGGUGGAAUACACAAAAGUACUUUCCUUCAUCUAGUGUUGCUGCAAACAAGCUUGAGAUUUUCAAUUCGCAUGACCGAGAACUUCUGCCUAAAUACUUUUCAUUCGAAGAAGGCCAUGUGAGACAGAUAAGGCAACAAGGAGAAUACGAGUCCCUCCACCGUGACCUAAUUGUUGGUUUUGGAAGCUGGGAAUUCGACCCCAUGGAUCUGAAGAACCCAUUCCCAGAUAAAGAAGGUUCCGUUCACUUGUGGCAAGGAGAUGAGGACGGGCUUGUGCCCGUCACUCUUCAACGUCACAUUGCUCAGAAGCUUCCAUGGAUUCGUUACCACGAGCUUCCAGGGGCGGGUCACAUGUUCCCUUUUGCCGAAGGGAUGGCAGCCAAAAUCAUUAAGACACUUCUAAUCGGAGAAAGCGAUGAUUAGGAUGCCUACAGCUGCUCCUUGUGAUACAUCAGAAAUGGUAAUUUAAAAAUUUCUGUAUUUUACUCGCUGUUUAUUAAGUUUACAGUUGUCUUGUUCCCCAAACCAGCUGGACAGUUAGCUCAAUGUAAUUGAUUGUAAGUGAAGCUCUUUGACUAGUAUUUGAAGAGGCAAUGCAAUAUCUUUAUCCUUGUGCAAUGCUGCUAGUUACUCUCUCUCUCUAUAUAGUUAGUUAGUUAAUCUAUU